UUCAGACAGCAUUAACAUAUGGAGAAAUACCAGACUCUUACAGAUAAUGUCUACUAUGAAAUACUGUUUUACAAAGGCGAAGAAAAUGACAUGAAAAAGGCCAAAGAAAUCUUACAGAGGAUUGAAAAAAGACAGCUGUAUAAGAUGGUGACUGAAGUUCUCCUUGACCAAGAUGGAACGGGUGACCAAAAAUUAGAAGAGUUGAAACAGAUGGCUUUCGACAUGUUUAUUUUUCAGGAUAAAAAAAAAUUAUUUAAGCUGAAAAAACACUUGACAGAGAAGGUCCCAGACAUGUUUGUUUUUCAGGAUAAGAAAGAAGAAAUUUAUAAGCACUUGACAGAGCCAUUCUCAGACAUGUUAAAUUCUAAGGAUGAAAAGAAAUCAAAAGAGGCGAAGGAUUACAUGAAACAGGUCUAUGAAAUAUUUACUCAUCAGGAUAAAAAAAUAUUAGAAGACAUGAAAAAUUACUUGACAGAGGUCUCAGACACGUUUAUUGCACAGGAUAAACACAAAAUAGAAGAGAUUAAAAAAUACUUGACAGACAAGAUCUCAGGUGUUUUUAUUUUUCAGGAUGAAGAAAAGCACAAUCAGUUGACAGAGAUGAUCUCCAAGAUUAAUCCUGAGGAUAUAAUAAACACAUUAGAAGAGAUUAAACGUUACUUGGCAGAUGAGGUCUCAAACAUGCCUACUGUACAGGAUAAAGUGAAAUUAGACAGUUUGAUAAAAGACUUGAAAAAGAAGGCCUCAGACAUGUUUAUUGUACAGACUUUCAAAAUUGACUGUGGCAAGGGCAUGGAGGAUCCUAUUAAGGAUGCUGGAUUCUACAACCUAGAAAAUCCCAAUGUUGCAGUACAAAUUGAUCGUAAUCAGGUUUCCCGAAUGCUACCAGCAACCUUCUGUGAAGAAGUUCUUCGUGUUUACUAUAAAGGAAAAGACCUGGAUACUGCUAAGAAGAUCGUCAAGGAGUGGCAGAAGAAGUACUGGAGAUGAUAAGAACAUCCGUCCCACUCUCAGUGUGAAGAUACAACAAGUCACCAAUCAGCUGCACGCUUUUCCAGAUUUUUUUUGCAGAAGGGCUAUCCCAGCUCAUCAUUCCGUUUGGACUGUUAGGCUUUCUCUUGUGGAUGUUCAGCUCUGUACUCCUCAGCACCAGUCAUAUUAUCUCCAGUGUCCUGCAGUCACCCAGCAUUGUCAUAUUUUAUUAAAUUCAAUUAGCCUUUGCAAAAAAGUAAUAAACUCCAGCACAUUCUGUUGAUAAACAGCAUGGCAGCUUGUGAUCUGAUCAGACUGUCUUUAAUAAUAGCAUUGUGUGUGUUUAUUGGCCUGCUAAUACAGAAGUUACAGUGAACCAGUUCAAGUUCCAAAACCUUCUCCAUAUCUUUAAAAUGUAUUCUGAUUAUUUUUUUUUUAUUUUUAAUGGCACCAGAAUGAACAUAUCAGACACACCACCUCAAUUUAAUAUGGGGUCUUUCAAAGAGCACAUUCUUACGGGAUCCUUUACAAAUCACACACCUUUAAUACUUAACGGUGGUCCAGUUAGAAGACCUGCGGUUUUUUGAGGAGAGAUCAGUCUAGACAACACAAACAAUACCAAACACCAAACUCCAUUUUGGUAAAUUUAUAUGAAUAAAACAAUGGCUUUAUUUUUUAGAUGUAUACCCAGUAGGCUUUGUGAAUUAACUCUGCUAUCUGAAUAUUCUUCUGAUUUUCUCUGCAUUGCAAACCUUUUUCUCUUAGCCAAAUAGUCCAUCAGGUUAACCAAUAUUUUACAAUAUUGAAACAAUUUUGAUGAGAACAACUCAAAAAGGUUGUCAAUCAUAUUCACAUAAUUCCUUUAAAAUGGCAUCAAGGUAAAGAUACCUAAAGUACUAUUCUACAGCUUUGUAACGUUUUCCAUAUGUCCAUAGUUCUAUGUGUUAAGUAAGUCUAACAUCUGUGGAAGUUUCAUUCUGUGUCUCCGUGCUCUUGAUUAUUUUUAGUUUCAGAAUAAAGAGGAUCGGAACCUUUCCUAACAGCAUUAGGCAUGAAGUAGCAACCAACAGAUACAGUACAUCAUUAUACAUUCCUUCAUUUUGUGAACAUGAAUAUCCUAGCAGCAUUUAGAACAAAUGGGGAACCAGCCUUGGAAAGAGAGCCAGUCCAUUACAGUCACUAACACCUUCAUCCAGAGUUAAUUUAGUAGCACCAUUUAAUCCAACCUAUAAAGAUUUAAUGGACACAGAGAAGAUGUGUGACAGGAUAUGAACUCAGCCACCUUGAGCUUUCAGGCAGCAGUACUAACUACCAUACCAACCCUUUAAUAGGAAUAAGUCAUUGUAAAUGCCUGUGUAUACUCACCUUCACUUGUUCCACCCUGGGCUAUGACACUGAACUACAGAGAAAAACUCAGAUCGGAGAAUCUCUAGGGGACAAAUAAACAAAACAACAGUCUGUCUGUCUACAAAGGCCGUACUCACAAAUGGCUAAAUCUGUUUGGCAAAUAAACUACAGCUCUUAUUGGUCUGAUGUUGCAGGUUAUUGCUUAACCUUUAAUGUGUCAUGUGACAAUUGCUCUGAUAAAGUGGCUACAUAAUUUAUUAUUUGAAUCAAAGUGUCAAAAUUUUAUUCACAUGUAGGUUAGGUGCAUUGGCGAUCCUAAAUUGUCCCUAGUGUGUGCUUGGUGUGUGUGCGUGCCCUGC